ACCUGAGUGGGGUACCACCGCACAAAUCCAACUCUCACAAGACACUUAUUCAGUCACAUUUUCGCAUGCAUCCGAUUGACAAUGUUUAAUUUGUUUAUUUAUUAUUGAACAUCGGUUUUUCAUUUCUGUCGCGGUUCUUGUAUUAGGUACCUACUCUUUUUAAUAGUGCGUUGAUUAGUUCGGUUUAACAGUACGUGCGGUUCUAGUUCUGUUAAGUACAAUAAUUGGUUAUUUUUUUGGGAAAUUUGCAUUAUUUUUCUGAUACCAUUGAUUAAAUCAUGCCAUUAAUUCCCUGAAAACGCUACCAAUAAAAAAUGGCUCUAAAUUUCUCCUCUCCAUUCUUGGCCACUCCUAAUCCACUCCCCAACUUCUACCAACCACCUCCUCCUCCGCCUCCUCAACUGCCCACUCACCAACUACCCCCGUACCGAACCCCCUACCAAUAUCCACAACCUCAAAACCCAUUUCUGGAGGAAGACUAUCAUCAUGCCAACAAAGAACAUCCAGGACCUUACCGGCCUCCAGUUACUCAACAGCAACAUCCUCAACAACAAGGACCUCAAUAUACGCGAGUGACAGAGGACGGCGCUAAGACUAAAGUGCACGCGGUGAUCGAUUACGAUUAUGAUGAUGAGGACGAAGACGGUCCUGUGCCCCCCGUGACUCCUAUUCAGGGGCCGAUUUUUAUUAAGAACGGUUCUGUGCCGGUAGUGCCGCUUUAUUCUCAUCCUGUGUUGAAUAAUGGGAGUUUUGUUCAAAUUCCGAUAUUAUGGACAGCAUUAUCAGUAGCUUUAGGUCUAGAAUUAAGAGGCGAAUACAUUCGUGGAGUUCCUUGCAUAAAGCGCCAUCAACAGCUGUUUUGUCCGACUGCUGGAAACUCAUAUCCUCUGGACAGGAUAGAAUUAUUCAUAGACGAAAACAAAGCCCUUAUGAAACGAAUGUAUGGAGAAUUUAUCAUGCCGGAUUACGCCGAUGAGGAGGGGUCGGAGGGGCCGGAAAGGCCGGGGGGGGCUCCAUAUCCAGGACCGAUCAAGCAAAAGCGCUCCGUAAAACCGGGAGUUCCAGAUUUGCACUUCGAUCCAGGUCCGGACCCUUCGGGCGACGACAAGCCCCACCGCAAACGGACUAUCAGACAAAGUUUCAAGAACAUGAACUUCAGUAAUAACAAGAACAAUGAAAGCGGAAGGGUUGACGCCUGCGAAAGUAAACUGGAAAUUGUGACUCCUUAUUGGGCUUCGAAUUCGGCCGGAAAAGUCAGAGCUAUAGUGAAUACUCAACAUUUUGAACAAGCUAUUCAUCAAGAAGUUUGUGCAAAAUCGUCAACGAAAAGAUGUACCAACGACUGUGGCUGCGAACAAAAAUACAAAUGGCACCGUCUCCUCGCUUACGAUCCCGAUAAUGAUUGCAGAGGUAUUUUCAUGGAUUGGUUCCUAUUUCCGUCGUGUUGCGUGUGCAGAUGCAAUCCUUAACGUAGUCGAUUAUAAUUUUUGUCAAGAAUAAGAGUAGAAACUUGCCAUCGAGCGUCCAAUAUUAUUGGACGAAAAUGUGAUAAAAUUUAACCUAAUAAUAAUUGCGUUUAUGUAUUUUUAAGUUUUAACCAACAUUAAUUAUGUAAACGCAGCCUUAUUUUUUAGGCAUUUACUCUAACUAGUGCAAUUCUUUAUCCCAAAAACAAACAUGACUACUGCAAUAUUGUUUCAGUUUUUAUGAAAACACCUCUCAAUCUCAAAUCUGUCAUUGUAAGUGAAUAAUUAUAUUCUAUACUUUUAAAGCUAUACCCGUACAAGACUUUGUGGUGUAAAUUUCUUUUUCCAAAACUUCUAUGAACUAUUUUCUACCAAAAACAAAGUUACCACCUUCAACACUAGUCUUUGUUAGUGAUUCAUAUGAAAUUUUUAUUGUGAAGAAAAUAAGACCAGGUUGCAAACGAACCAAAAAAUGUAGGAACUUAAUUGAAAUUUAUUUUAAGUUACCAUUUUCAUUAUAUGUACAUAGGAUAUUAAUUAACUAAGAUCAUGACCUUAAGUUUAGAAAUGAAAACCAAUAAUUAAGACUAAAAUUUCUGAAAUUAAAUCAAUUAGGAUUUUAUCUUUUUUGUUUGUAUUUGUCACUUAUGUAAGUAUUAUUAGAUAGGAAGAUUCUCUUUCAAGGAGAAGUAAUACAUUAAUCUGAUUAAUGCUGAUGUUUAAAAAAUUGCUCAGAACAAAAAUACAAUGUCAUUGAGCCAAUCAGAUCAAUUUGCCACUUCUCUAGCUAUAGAAUUAGUGCCUUAAUAGUAAGUGGACUUUGUAUUUUUACUAUUUCUAUUCCAAUAAAAAUCACAAAAUCUUCCACAGAUUACUUGAUUUAUUUAUGAUUUUUGUUGGAACCUGGUAUGUAGAUAAUAAACGAUUAGGUACUUUUUAAUGUAAAAUUAGAUUUAGGUGAGAGAAAACUCUGCUGCCAUUUUCUUUUGUAUUUGUACUUGAUAAUAAAUUAUUUUUAAUGAUUGCAAGAA